GAAGGCUAAAUGAGUAAAUGGAAUGAUGAUUACACGAUGGUCCAAAAUUGGUUGAUUUUGGUCGGUAGAGUUUUGAAUGGAAAUAAACUGAAGAAAGAAUAAUAAAUGAGCGUUGUUUCUAGGUACUCACUAACUCCUUGGCAUAAAUAAAUAAAUAACACAUUCACAAUUCCCAAUCCAAACUCAAGAAGAAAUGGCGUUAUCACCUCCAACUGAACUUCCUCUCAAAGCUUUCGGUUGGGCUGCAACAGACACUUCUGGCGUCCUUUCCCCCUUUCAUUUCUCUAGAAGGGAAAUUGGUGAAGAUGAUGUCAGUCUCAAAAUUCUAUUCUGUGGGGUUUGUCAUUCUGAUCUACACACUCUUAAGAAUGAUUGGGGUUUUACUACUUACCCUGUUGUUCCAGGGCAUGAAAUUGUUGGUAUUGUGACAAAAGUUGGAAAUAAUGUGAAAAACUUUAGAGAGGGAGAUAAAGUUGGUGUUGGUGUGAUUGUAGAGUCUUGUCAGACUUGUGAGAAUUGCGAUCAGGAUCUUGAGAAUUACUGUCCUCGAACUGUAUUCACUUAUAAUUCGCCUUAUAAAGGGACACGAACCCAGGGCGGCUAUUCUGAUUUUGUGGUUGUUCACCAGCGAUAUGUACUCCGGUUUCCCGACAACUUACCCCUUGAUGCUGGUGCUCCGCUGCUGUGUGCCGGGAUCACUGUGUAUAGCCCGAUGAUAUAUUAUGGGAUGACAGAGCCAGGCAAACAUUUGGGAGUUGCAGGGCUUGGUGGGUUAGGCCAUGUUGCUAUUAAAUUUGGUAAAGCAUUUGGGCUGAAGGUUACUGUCAUUAGUACCUCUCCAAGCAAGGAAAGUGAGGCCAUUGACAAACUUGGUGCUGAUUCUUUCCUUGUUUCCAAAGACCCUGAAAAAAUGAAGGCUGCUAUGGGAACAAUGGACUAUAUCAUAGACACAAUUUCAGCUGUUCAUUCCCUGAUGCCACUGCUUGGCCUACUGAAGUUGAAUGGGAAGCUGGUCACUGUCGGUUUGCCUAACAAGCCCCUUGAGCUCCCUAUUUUUCCAUUAGUCGCAGGACGGAAGCUUAUAGGCGGGAGCAACAUAGGAGGGAUGAAGGAGACUCAAGAGAUGCUUGAUUUCUGCGGAAAGCACAACAUUACUGCAGAUAUUGAGCUGAUUAAGAUGGACGAAAUCAACACAGCCAUGGAAAGGCUUCACAAAGCUGAUGUGAAAUAUCGCUUUGUAAUUGAUGUGGCCAACUCCCUCUCAAGCUUGUAGAGUAGAGGCCACAUUGCUUGAUUCUUCAACACUUUGAUUGUGGAGUGUUGGAUGUCUCAUUAUCCUGGAAAAAAGAAGCUACGAUUGGUAUAAGACAUGAUUGGCAAAUUUAGAAGAUGAGACUGUCUUAUAUUUUUUUAUAUGCUUGGGAUUUUUGAUUUUGUUAUGUUGCUUCAUCUUCAUUUAAUGUUUCUGAUUAAAAGUGUGUUUGGUCUUGUUUUUUUAGCUUAAAGGUUAUUUAAAGUUAAAGUUAAAAAUUUAGUUUCUUCAAUAAUAAAAAGCGAAGUUGUUUGGUAA